CGUCGCGUGUUACGUAAGACGGAGCAGCGCGUCGUGCAGGAUCACAACAAGUAGUCUCGGCCGCCAUUACAGCUGAGGGAACAAAACAGAUCUCGGAUUGCAAUUGUUUUCUGUGUCUUUCGGCUUCGUGGACCAGCACAGCGCUUACGAGCAUCGGGGAAAUGAAGGACCCCAGUCGCAGCAGCAACAUCUCCGGCAUGAUGAGCGAUGACAUAAUCCUGGGCGGCCAGUUCCACAUCGAGGAGAACCCCUUCGCCGAGUACAUGUGGAUGGAGAACGAGGAGGAGUUCAACAGACAGAUCGAAGAGGAGCUCUGGGAGGAGGAGUUCAUCGAGCGCUGUUUUCAGGAGAUGUUGGAGGAGGAGGAGGAGUACGAGUGGUUUAUCCCAGCAAGGGACCUCCCUGAGACCAUCAACCAUCUGCAGGACCAGCUCAACAGCCUGGUCAUUUGUGAUGGAAACAUCUUAGAGGACCUUGUGGUGAACAGCAAUCUAAACCCCAAUGCCAAGGAGUUUGUGCCUGGUGUCAAAUACUAAGCAAAUGUCUCUUGGGGGAUGUAGCACUUCUCCACACUGUGAAGCCAGUAUUAGAAGACUUGUUGUGGAACCUUAUUUUUUUUCCCUGUUUUUCCUUUGCUCACUGUGUUGGAUUUAAUGCAAUGCCAAGGUUUCAGUUAGUCUUGCAUGCUUCAGUUGCUGAGAAUGUUCCACAUAUGUGAUUAUAUAUAAAAAAUAUGAGGCAAGAAAGAUCUAUAUCAAUAGAAACACUUGUUUGCUAAACCUGGGGGUAGAAAGGCACAGGAGUCUCCAGUCAAGAUGGAUGGCGCCAGCUCACAACUUGAGGAGCUUCAUGCCAAAACGGAACAGUUUGCUGUACUUUAUAGAAUUGUCCUGGAGAGUUUGCUUUUCAGUUUUAAUUUUUCUGUUCUUGUUUUAAGCACUUACCUGAGUAUCUGCAGUUUUUUUUUUUUUUUUUUAAUUAAGCUGGAAUGGAAUGAUUCAUAUUUCUGGUGCAACAUACUUCUGUUUGGGAUGUGUAGACAAAGGGAAACGAGUUUCUUUAGUUACAAAUGCUUAUUUAGAAUUAGUUUUUUUUUUUUUAUAAACAUUUCUUGUACUUACCAUAGUAUAAAUUUGAGAUUUAUAACAGGCCCUAGAAAAAGAUGACUAGUACUUCUGUUUAUUUUCACUUAGGCAUGGAUAUUGUAGGAGUUUCCCCUUUGACACUUUAAAUUGAAUAGUGCCUCUCAGUUCUUUUAAAGAGCUGCUCAGAACAGAGGGUCAGAGCCAUUUACGUUCCAGGCUAAUGUCUCUGUUGUGGACCUUGAACCCCUGCAGCACUUU